AUGGAGGCGUUGACAAGGACCAGAGGUAAAGUCAAUAGUUCUGGAAAUAAUUCUGAUAUGAUGAAAAAUAGCAAACGGGAAACUAUCAUCUCAGAAAGGAGUGUAUCCUUAAGAUUGACACGAUCAAAGAGAAAACGAAAAUACGUAGAAUCUAAUAACGAAAAACCUAUGGCAGAGAAUAGAAAUGUAAAAGCUACUCAUGGGAACUCAGAAAAUAAUAUUUUUAUGCCAAAUUCACCCAGAGUUUCAGUAAUUGUACAGCCAUACCCAUUGCUGAAUGAAGACAGGAAUGAUUUUAAUGGGACUGAGUUUAAAAGCAAUAGUUACAUGAAAACGAAAAACCUCCAUAGACGCAGCUUCAGAUUUAAUGGGGUCGUGAGCUGUACUGCUUGUGGACAACAGGUCAAUCAUUUUCAAAAAGGUUCCUUUUAUAGACACCCUUCCCUGAAAGUGCUUAUCUGUAAGAAGUGCUUUAAGUACUACAUGAGUGAUAAUAUUAGCUGUGACUCCAAUGGUCUGGAUGAACAAUGUCGGUGGUGUGCAGAAGGUGGGAACUUGGUUUGUUGUGACUUUUGCCAUAAUGCCUUCUGUAAGAAAUGCAUCCAGUACAACCUUGGUCGGAAAGAGUUAUCUACAAUAAUGGAAGAAAGGAAUCAAUGGCAUUGCUUUGUUUGUCACCCAGCACCUCUACUGAACUUGGUCACUGCAUGUGACAGCAUAUUUGAGAAUUUAGAACAGCUGCAGCAAAAAAAUAAGAAGAGAAAAGUUGUCACUAAAAAAAGUAGUAACCUAGGUGACUAUUCACGUACAUUUUCAGCAAAGAAGAGUAGUUUCAGUUAUAAUGGAGAAAAAACAAAAUUAGUCGAGCCGUGUUCUGAUUCUGUAGUCUGCACUUAUUCAGCACUAACUGUAUCCAAAGAAAUUAUUAAGAAGACCAAAAAACUGAUUGACACAACAUCUAACACAAGCUUCAGAUAUAUUAAUUUUCUAAAGCAAGCAGCAGAUAAUUCAGAAAUGAGUUCUGCUAUGAAGUUAUAUCAGCUUAAGUCUUUUCAAUCUGUGUUAGCUGAUAUCAAGAAGGCUCAUCUUGAAUUAGAAGAUGACUUAAAUUCAGAGAUUCAAGCUUUGGAUGCUAUAAGCAAAAAGAAAUGUACCAAAGAGCUUAAAAUCAGAAACACUAAAUCAGAAACAAAAAUACAAAAAAGGGGGAAAUCCUGUUCUUCCGAAGAGAAAGGUGUCUUACAGUUGGAUGCUAGACCAACAAUAAAGAACACAGUCAGCAAGCACUUUCCAGAAGACAAUCAGAAAAUAAACAACAAUGGUGACCAGAAGGGAUUGAGUAGGGAAGAAGGACCUCAGUACAAACUCACUAACACUUCUGAAAUCUUAGACAUGGAUAUUGUGCCUGUAUCUUCCUCAGUUCCAGAAGACAUUUUUGAGAAUUUUGAGAUUGCUAAAGGAGUUCAGAGUUCAUCUGAUUAUGAAGGAGAUGGCAGCAGGGGGACUGAGCUGAAACUGGAGAGUUCACCUCCAAAAUUUAAAACUUCUUCAAAAGACAGCAGAAGAAAUAUUAAGUCAAAAAUUACAGCAAAAUUAAGCAAAGGAUUAUAUGUUAAACUCACCCCAAUUUCCCUUUAUAAUUACCCAACUAAAGGUGCUGACUGCCAAGAAGUUCCACAAGAGAAAGAUGUCAGUAAAAGUUCUGGCCUGGCCCUCUUUUCAAAGAAAUGUGGAGCUAAAGAAGAAAUUAAUGAGCAUGAGCAUUUGGCUGAAAAUAAUGUUCCAUUAUCCUUAGAAGAAGCUGAUCUUCAAAGAUCCCUACAUGUGAAAACCAAGCCCUGGAGUCAACAAAGGGAAGCCAAACCUUUAAUAUCAAAUUCAGAUGAAGAAAGUAACAAACUAGUUAAAGAGAAGCAAAAGCUGUCAGUUCUGGUAAGAAAAAAGGAUAAGCAAAAUUCUGCUACUGCUAUUGAUACGCCUACACUUCAUAAGGUGCCCAAAGCUAAACGAGCAAGGAUUGUAGAUCAAAGUUCAGAUUCUGAUGAAACUCUAUCAGUCUUCACAGAGUUAAGACACAUGGGUCACUCUUCCUUAGACAAUAGCAGUAAUCAAAUACAGAUAAUUCAUAAAAUUCAAAAAGGGAAAGAUAUUGAUGCAAAAAGAAAAUGCAAAAGUUCUAUUUCCAGGUCAGAUUUUGGUAUCAAAAAAGGAAAGCCAUCUAAAAAUUCUAUAAUCUCUAAAGAGAAAUGUCAAAAUCACUCUGAGUCUUCAAAUAGUGACUCAUGGUUAGAAAGAGAGGUUAAUGUCAUUAGCAAAAUUGGGACUGACAGAGUAACAAAAAAGAGUAUUUCAUAUCAAAAAGACCAUGAUGCAUUUGAGGACGAAAAGCAGAGUAAAAUAGUAGCAGAUGCUAAAAAGCUAGAAAGGAUGAACACUACACAAGAAAUAGCAUCUGAUGACACUGAAGGGAAUCAGGGAGAGAAUUUCUUCUAUACAUCAGAUGAUUCAUUUAAGAAAGGCAAGAAUAUGAAGCAAUUGAGAGAUAUGCUUUAUAAAAGUGAACAGCCAAAAAUUUCCUCUGUUGCUACUAAGGAGAAUGCAAAGUUUCUUGAAGAUAAAAGUAAGGAGAAAUUACCUGGUAGUGUUGAGCAGUUGCUAGGGGAAAGAGAUAGGUUUGACUUGUCAGAAGAUAAAAAGAGUACAUGUAGGUUUUCUCAUAGAGAAAAGAGUUCACAGAAGAAGCCAGAUUACUUAUCAUCUGUUACUGAGAAUAAUUUGUUGAAAGGAGAAUGUCUUGAUUCUCCCACUAAGAGACUAAAAAGUAUUGAUUUAAGAAAAAGAAGAAAUUUAAAUUCAAGGAGAAAUGUCAAUGAAAGUGGUUCAUCAUCUUCUGAUACUGAAGAGAGUAAAGAAAAUAAUAAAAAGCAGAAGAAACAAAGAACAUCAAGCCAGAAGAAGACAGGCAAUGCCAAGGAGAAAAAACGAAACUCCUUAAUAACAGUUACUAAAAAAAUGCCAGGAGAUAUCACAUUUUCAUUUUUGGAUAAUGCAGAAGAUGCCCACUCUUCUGUAAGUGAGGGGAGAAGUGAUGAACAGAAGAUAAAGCCUUUAACUGACAAGGUAAUGAAGCCUUCUCAUAAUAGAUUUUGUCAGUCUUUAAGAGAUGGUGUGUUGUCUAGAUCAGUGCCUGUGAUAGACGUUAAGGAUGACACUGACAGUGAUCUCGAGAAUAGAAUUGCUAAGCUGAUGCUUUUAGAAGAAAUUAAAGCCAGUGUAUUCUCUGAUGAGGAUAGUUCUUCAGAUGAUGAAUCAUAACAAGAAAAAAAUGGAUGAACUAGACAACAAGAGGAAGAAAACCUGGGAGACGAGGCUGUCCCAAAUCAAGUCAAUUCUAAAUCAGAUUUGUGUUUUGAACAGUUUACAAAGCCAGGACACAGACAAAGCUUGAACUAUAAACUGACCAUGAAAAAUGGAAAAUGGAAAAGAAAAAGCACAAUGUAUAAAGAGCGAGAGGCCAAUGGCAGAAAUGAAAGGAAGAUGAGCAUUGAGGAUUUAGAGUAUACUAAUUUUCAAGAAUCAGUCAUUGUUGAAGAAGUCAGUGAAUCUGAGGAUGGACAGCAACCUACAACAAAGUCCACACAGAAAGUAGAGUUAGAAAAAGGUCAGUGGGAUUAUCCAACAGAAAGUCAAAAGCACUCCCACAGUGAAAAUGAGAGACCUUCUAAAGAAAAACUGGUAAAGGAGGCUGAAAGAGUAUAGGUAAAAGAUGAAUCUAAGUCACCCAAAAACGGCAGAAUGGAAAUUUGGAAGGUUUUAAAAGUUGAUAAACUAAGAGAAAAA